AUGCCAGACAAGUACUCUGUCAUUCUGCCCACAUACUGCGAGCGAUCCAAUCUACCUGUCAUCGUUUGGUUGCUCGCACGAGUGUUCGAGGCCGAACAUCUCGACUGGGAGAUCAUCAUAGUAGACGAUGCAUCGCCAGACGGCACACUAGAAGUAGCACAGCAGCUACAGAAGGUCUAUGGCGACCAUCGUAUCAUCCUCAGGCCGAGAGCAGGCAAGCUUGGCUUGGGCACAGCUUACAUGCACGGCAUAGCCAGCUGCACCGGCAAUUUUGUCAUCAUCAUGGACGCCGAUUUUUCUCAUCAUCCCAAAUUCCUGCCACAAUUCAUAAGGCUGCAAAAGAGACGCGACUAUGAUGUUGUCACAGGGACUCGGUAUAGAAUAGGCGGUGGCGUGCACGGAUGGGAUCUGAAGCGCAAGAUCAUCAGUCGAGGUGCGAAUUUGCUCGCGAAGCUCGUCCUAUGGCCAGGUGUAUCCGAUGUGACUGGCUCUUUCAGGCUGUACAAAACCCAGGUGCUGCGCAACCUUAUCGACAUGACAGUGUCGAAAGGCUACGUCUUUCAAAUGGAGAUCAUUGUGCGAGCUAGAACAUCCGGCUACACUAUCGGUGAAGUGCCAAUCACUUUUGUGGAUAGGAUCUACGGCGAAAGCAAGCUCGGCGGUGACGAGAUUGUCUCGUACGCGAAAGGGAUCUGGAGUCUUUUCCAGUCUGUAUAG